GGCAACAGUUCUAUAGUCCUUAGUUUCUAUUUUCCGAAUUCUUGACAUUACUCCAAGUCAACGGAAUUAGAAGUGCUGGAAGACAUACCAGUCAGCGUGAAUAGCUUCACUUGCACCCAUCUCACUAGAUAAAGUCAAUCAAAAGCAAGAGCAAGGCAUAAUGUCGGAUAAAGACUCUAUCAGCGGGACAAUACCAACCGUCCCAUUCCAAAGGACCAUUACCCUUGAACCACGAUCCUCCCGCGCCGAGAUCACUGUCUACGCCAACUUCACCCCUCCCCAAGACCCCUCCCACACCACACUCCUCCUCCUCCACGGCAACUCCUCCCACUCCCGCAUCUUCGCCCCCCUCCUCUCCACCCUCCACUCCCCCCUUCCCUGCUCCCUCCUCCUCCUCGAUCUCCCCGGCCACGGCGCCUCUACCAACUCCCCCGACCCCACUACCUACACCAUGCCCGGCUACGCCUGCGACGUCCUCGACGUCCUCAACCACCCCGGCAUCCAUGUCCAAAACCUCAUCAUCUUCGGCUGGUCCCUCGGCGGUCACAUCGCCAUCGAGCUGAUCCCGCUCCUCGGUCCCCGCCUUAAGGGACUAAUGCUCGUCGGCACGCCCCCGGCGCUCGGUGCCGAGCAGACGGUGCGGGCGUUCACGCGCGGGAAUCCGCACAUGGCGGCCGCGGGGAAGGCGGAGCUCACGGAGGAGGAAAUCCAAGCGUAUGGCCAUGAGACGUGCGGGCCGCCGCGCCGCGAAUGGCUAGUCGACGCGGUGCGACGCACGGACGGCCGGGCGCGGGCGACGAUGUUCGACGCGUUCAACGCAGGGCGGGGGAUUGAUCAGCGGAAGGCGGUGGCGGAGUGGACGGGGCUGACGGCGGUGGUGAACGGGGGGGAGGAGCCGUUUGUGGAUCUGGGGUAUCUGGAUGGGUGCGCGUGGGGGAAUCUGUGGGGGGGGAAGUGUCAUCGGAUGGAGAGGUUGGGGCACGCGCCGUUUUGGGAGGAUCCGGAGAGAUUUGUGCCGUAUUUGGUGGGAUUCGUGGAGGACUGUUUGAAGGAUUGA